AUGGUGAAGAUAUUGUCAGGAACCGCCAAGAGCUCUCAAGCUGCUAACCCUGGUACUAGCAGUGGCAGUAGUAAGAAACGAUGUACUCGACGAGAUCUGAUGCUUGGAUUUUGGGUGGGCAUUGCGUUGGCCGCCAUUUACCUCAACACGAAGCGAAAACCCGUCAUUCAUGCAGCGGCUUCGACUACGACAAAGACCAAACGAACCAGUCCAGCCAGCAGUGGAGAUACGGUACCAAUCAUGUCCAAAAGCACAACAGCAGAAGCAGAAACAGUUCCGGAACCUGCCACAACGGCAGAGACUACGACUUCCACGACGGAGACCACUACAUCAUCAUCGCCCAAGAUAGAACCGCCCGCCGAAACUUCAUCCAGCACAACUAGCACCAGCUCGACUACUACUGGUACAAGUACUGGUAGAAGAACUAUUGCUGGAUUCACGCCAAAACCAGGACACAAAGAUUUCCAAAAGAUUGGAGCCAACGCAGGAACGGACAAGGUUUGGGGAGCGGAUACGUUUGAGCGCUGUCUACAAGAUCAAUCCACGUGUCCGACACCAGAUUUCGACAAUCCAAAAUGCAGAACUCUUCAAGGCCACUUUUAUCACACACUUUACAACCGAUGGCUCGGAAAUUACUCCUUGGAUGAUGCAGAACCAUUCCAGUUUCUAGAGAUUGGAUUCUUCAACGGAAGAGGAUACGAUGCGUACAAAGAAUUCCUGCCCCGUGCCGAAACGCACAGUAUUGAGAUUGCCUGUCUUCCAGAAGGACCACGAGAGGAAGGGAAAUGGCCGUGGGGUAAUUUUGCCAAGGAAAACAAACACUACCAGGAAUAUCUAGACACCAAUCAACUGCACUGUGGAGAUGGUGCCGACUAUGAUUUCUUGCACGAAACGUGGACUACCCACAUGAAACGUCCCGAUGCUCCACCUCUCAAGGUCGUCGUGGAUGAUGCCGCUCAUAUUUCCGAUCACAUGGCCAAAUCCGUCUUUUUUUGGUUCCCCAAAAUUGAACCUGGUGGAAUACUCGUGGUGGAAGAUAUACAACCCAUUCAUGAAGCCAACAAAUUCCGAACCGACUUUUUACCACAAAUGAUGAAAGACCUGCAUUAUUGUGGUGAUCCAAAGUUUCCCGACAAGGCAUGCUUUCCCACGCUUUGGCCCCUGCUCCAUUCCAUUCACUGUGAAAUGCACAUUUGCGUCUUUGAAAGGAAUGAAAUGCCAGCCGUGGAAUAUGACAUGGAACGAUCCAUUCCUCCUCCUCAUGCGCUCAAUGCGGAAGAAUGUCUGCUCAAAGCAAGUGGUGGUGCAACCUAUGGUUGA